CCGCCCCUCACAUGACCGGGCGGGCCGGCGCAGCCGCGCUCCCGGCAGGCGGGCCGGGAUCGGCCCGGGCCCCGCGGCCCGGCGCUGCGAGCGGGAGGAGGGUACGCAUCGCCGGUGCCCGGGGCAGGGAAUCGCGCCUGGCUGGAGGAAACUCAGGCUCCGCCGCCUCCGAGCUGCGCCUGCCUGGCGCCGGGACAGGAACGGGGCUCCGUCUGCGGGAGCGUUUGUGGAGGAUGUGGCCUGUAGGGCUGGCGUGCCGCUGGUCCCUCGGCCACACAGCCUCAGAGCCCCGUUCGGCAGUUUAAUCUCACACCCCAAGGGGCCCCGGCCCGGGAAACCCGAGCGGCUCAGCCGCGUUUCCACGCAGAUUCCUCCCGUUAGGGCCCGAGUUGGGUAGGGGGCUCACUGUGAGUGUACAGCGUAGCUUCACUUACGGUUAAGGGCCACUCACAAUAGAAGCUGGGUUGGGUGUGUGUGUGUUCGUUUAUUUUCUCCACGAAGAUGCUGCACAAAAUGUUUGCAAGCCUUAAGAGUUAUUUCGCUAAGUGUUGGACCAAGGCCGACACAUCAACAGCUGGCUGUUCUGUUUGUAAUUUGUACAUGUGUGUGAAACAACUCAUGCUUCCUCCCUCCUGCGAUGAAUGGGGUGGAAAGUUCGGAUGGAUUGGACUGGAGCGCUUCCUAUGGACAGUGACAGCCAGCAGGCUCCAGGCAGAGGGGUGCAGAGUGGCCAUCAGAGGUAUCCUGGCCUUUUUCCGUGGAGCCAGAACUAGCCCUCAAAGCCCAGAGGUCUGGAGCAGGCCAUGCUAUGAGGAAGGAUGUUCAGAGCUGUACCAGCUGCACAGGCCCUAUUGUGUUAUUCAGACCCGUGAGGCACAGGAUUGGAAGUCCUUAAAAUCACCCAAACACAAGAAGCUCCAAACUGGUUUCUGGGAGGGUAUUCACAGCCAGAACAGUGACUGUGGAGAGAUGGCACCUUCUCAAAUCCACCUGGUGAACAGUCAGUGCAGUGACUACUCUUUUGAGUACAGUAGCCAAUUACUGCAGCAAAAGCCAGGUCAUUAUUCCUCUUCUUCCAUCAACAAGAUCACCAUCUACAUUAACUACUUCUGAUGGAUGACUCCAAAGGUUCACAACAAAUAUUUUUCCUUGUAAAAUAUGGGUGUACAAGAGAUAUCUUUCAUCACCACAGUCUCCAGCACUGUGCCCAGCUCACCCCCACAAUUCACUGAUAAAUUUCUGUGGCAGUCCUAUGAAAACAACUUGGGGCUUCAGAUCUAGAAUCCGAAUUCUUCCUUACUUGAAAUGCAGUGCUUUAGAACAGUAGUGCUGUGCCUUAAGGUUCAAGAGAAUCUUUAUCACAAAAUUUUCAGUUUAAGAUGCCAAUUAAAAUUACACAUGGGUUUAUGCAUUUAAGACUGUCUCUAGGAGUACUGGCAAAAAAGCUUAAAACAAAACCUGCAUUCCCUAAAGACUCAGAAAAUCAGGCAGGUCAGUACAGUUGAUUGCACUGCAGGUAACAUGAAACACAUGCCCU